CUCCCUGCCGGGUUGCACAACACCUUGCCUCCGGAGCGAGCGAGGCAGCUAUGCUGGGCAAGGACUACAUGCUGGCCAUCAUCCUGGUCAACUGCGAUGAUAACCUGUGGAAUGACCAAAAUAUGGAAGGAGAGCUCGACCUUCCUUCGGGAUGGAGGAAAAUCCAUGAUUCUUCCGGUACUUAUUACUGGCAUGUGCCCACAGGAACCACUCAGUGGCAACACCCUUCUCGCACUUCUGGUGUGGGUGAUGCUGGGGAAGCUGCAUUUCCAGAAACGGACAUUCAACCUCCUGUGGUUAGAUGUGUGCCAACAGAGACAUUUAUCCCAAGCCCCGUGACUUCUUUCUCCAAAAGGCGGACAUCCCUGGCCUGGCACAAGGAGGAUCUUCAUCAGGGCAAUCCAGAACCUGGCUCCAAGUGUUUUGUUGUGCGGUCCUUAGGCUGGGUUGAGAUUCCUGAGGAGGACUUGGCACCAGGAAAAAGCAGUAUUGCAGUAAAUAAUUGCAUCCAGCAACUUUCCCAAAGCAAUUGUGACAAUUUUGGCCCUGCUGAUAGAUGGGGUGAGGGUCAAAACAUGGUGAUGAUUCUCAAGGAAGAUACAAUGAACUUGGUGGAUCCUUUGGACCACAGCCUCAUCCACUGCCAGCCCAUCAUCAAUAUUCGUGUUUGGGGGGUAGGCUGCAACAAAGGCAGGGACAGGGAUUUUGCUUUCGUGGCCAGUGACAAGGACACGUGUGUGCUGAAGUGCCAUGUCUUCCACUGCAAUGUGCCUGGCAAGGCUAUUGCCAAAGCUCUGCAUGAAAUGUGCUCCAAGAUUAUGGCUGAGCAAGCAGUGGCAAGUAGCAGCCUCUCUCGAUCCAUCACCCUUGAAUCUUUUUCUCCAAAUGACAUAUCUCUGCAAGCUGAUAUAUUGGAUGUUGUGAGAGAGUCUGUUCAGAAAUACAAAGCUUUUUUUAUCGGCAGCUUACCAGUAUCUAAAUCUAUGGGGAUUGAUGUGCUAAAUAAUGCCAUUGAAACUCUGAUGGGCAGCCGUAACCGUGAGCAGUGGAUUCAAGCUGUGGUUAGUGUUUCAGACUCAGUGAUGCAAGCAAAUCAGACUGAAGCUGAAGAGGAGAAAGAUCCCUGCAUUUGGGAAUGUCAAGUACGCUACGUGACUUUUAUUGGGAUUGGGAGAGAUGCCCACACAUUUGGACUUAUUGUUGACAUGGGGAAACAACAUUUCCAAUGCACAGCCUUUUGGUGUGAACCAGAUGCUGGGACCAUCUCAGAAGCAGUACAGGCUGCAUGUAUGGUCCAGUAUCAAAAAUGCUUAGUGGCAUCACGAAUGAGAACAAAAAGUAGUUCACACUCCAUUAUGAAGCUGAAAAGGACAAUGUCGCUUGAUUCACCCGUUUGCUCAUUUCCCAUCACAGGACCCUCCUUGCAGAAAACCAGCAGUGGGGCUACAACGUGCAAGAGGGGAUUGUUCUCUUUCUUUGAAACCUUCCGCCAAAAACAUUCCAUACUACACACUUCCUAAGAUUAAAACAAAGUCUGGUGGGUCCCAGAUGAGCCUUAAUGGCACUGUCCUCUGAUGUCCAGGCUAUGAAUGUAACUAGCAUAAUUUUGUUUGUGAAACUCCUUCACUGAAGCGAAAAACCAAUACAGCCAAACAAGAGUGGAUCCUAAAGAAGGAUCCUGACAGAUUCUGGACAUGCUAUGCAUAUUUCUUGCAGUUCUUUGCUACAUAGAAACUCUGUGGGAGAGGCAAGCUUGUUGGGGAGGGGGAGGGGGGGCAAGGGAAAAGCAAUGCUGCACAAAAACAAUUGAAGGUGCUGUUUGCUACUAAGAGCAAGCAACAUCAUAAUCACUGCGUAAAGUUAAAGUCUUGCUCCAAUUGCCCAGGGAUUGAUAAGUAGGAGCAAAGCAGCCAAUUCAUCUUCAUUCAGUAACAACCCAUGAUUUUUUAUAGUUGAAGCUACGACAUGAACAUGGUUCUUUUUCUAGUUGUAGUUUGAACUCUUGGAAUGUGACACUGGAAAAUAGGCUCAAGAGAAGAAAAAACUAUUGAAUCUCUAGAUACAUGCUUGGAUUAAUAUAAAUUCUUGAUCUGAAGUUAUUCCUGGAAAAGUAAUAAAUAAUUGACAUCAAUAUUCUCCAAGCUAAUGUCACUCAAAUGUGUUUGGACCACGAAUGUCAAUAUUUUCAUUCAAUAAUUAAUAUACUAAUUAGUAUACUUUAUCGGUCCAAGCAUAGUUCUCACUGUACUAGUUUGUAUAAUUCCCCUUCUCAAUAUUUUUUUAAAAAAUUUGAUUAAAUCUGCAUUCCUUUUAACAUUUGAACAUCAUCAAUAAGUAGUGUUGCCAGUCAUGCAGAUACUAGGAAACAACUAUUCUGAAACAAGUACCUGACCAUAGUAAGCACAUCAAAUGAUGCACAUAAUCCCAGUGCUUUCUAACAAAAUGUUUGUAGGAAACUAUGCAUACAUAGGUCUUGCAUACAUGAUUGUUAUUUAUAACAUGGCCAUUCUACCAGUCUUGGAAGCAUCAUCGAGACUCAGAUCAUCAUUUGAUGAGCCAACAUUGAUGAUUCUUACAAGAGAAAAAUAAUAAGAAGGAAGAUUUCUUUUUCAAAAGAUGUAAUAAUACCUGUUGCACUAGCAUUGUGAAAAUGACUACUAGAUCACUAAUCUAUGGGAUCUAUAUAAUGGAUAGAUGACACUGGUAGGAAGAAGGAUGGAUCUGCAAAUGCAUUACAUUUUACGUUUCCGUUUCAUUCUUGAUAUAAUUCCUUUUCUUUCUUUUAAUAAGUAAUUCUGGAUGAAGAUAGACUCAAGUCUACCUCAGUUAUA